GCUGUGGCGCCUUCUCUAACCCGGGCUGGAUAUUUCCAGGGCCGCAGACGGCCGCUCUCCCCGACACGGCGCCACUUCUGCAGAAGUCGCCAGACAUUGUGGCCCUCCGGGCUUUCUGUCAGGCUUUCGUGCCCGACGCUUCCGCAGUGAGCGGCCGGCCGGGUGGGCGUUCCGGCUACGAAGGACCCCGCCGCGGGCCCCGGAAGCGCCUGGUUCCGGGCAUUGGUGGUGCGGCGUUAGCCGUGAUGGCUUUGGGACUGGGCGGCUGACCGCUGGGCUAGGAGCAGGCCCAGGGCCUAGAAUCUCAGUGGCCGCUUCUUAAGCACGGCUUCACCAUGGCCACCUCGGCCGCCUCCUCUGAACAUUUCGAGAAGCUGCACGAAAUCUUCCGCGGCCUCCAUGAAGAUCUACGAGGGGCACCCCAGCGGCUGCUGGGGACGGCUGGGACCGAAGAGAAGAAGAAGUUGAUCAGAGAUUUUGAUGAAAAGCACCAGGAAGCAAAUGAAACGCUGGCAGAGAUGGAGGAAGAGCUACGGUAUGCACCACUGUCCUUCCGUAACCCCAUGAUGUCUAAGCUGCGAAACUACAGGAAGGACCUUGGCAAACUCCAUCGGGAGGUGAGAAGCACACCUUUGACAGCCACACCUGGGGGCCGAGGAGACAUGAAGUAUGGCACAUAUGCUUUAGAAAAUGAGCAUAUGAAUCGGCUACAUUCACAAAGGGCAUUGCUUCUGCAAGGCACUGAAAGCCUAAACAGGGCCACUCAAAGCAUUGAGCGUUCUCAUCGGAUUGCUACAGAAACUGACCAGAUUGGCUCAGAAAUCAUAGAAGAGCUAGGGGAGCAACGAGACCAGCUGGAACGUACCAAGAACAGACUGGUAAAUACAAGUGAAAACUUGAGCAAAAGUCGAAAGAUUCUCCGUUCGAUGUCCAGAAAAGUGACAACCAACAAGCUGCUGCUUUCCAUUAUCAUCUUACUGGAGCUAGCUAUCCUGGGAGGCCUGGUUUAUUACAAAUUCUUUCGCAAGCAUUGAAAUUGCUAUAGGGAAAGGUUUGUGGAUCAGAACCUUGACCCUGUGGACAAAUGUUAUUAGGGAGUGGAAUAAGCAUGUUGCUGCUGUGGGCUAACAGUUCCAGGAUGCACUGUGUAGCCAGACUGGGAGGAGGAACAGCAGCCAGAAAAACCACAUAGAUGUGAAGGAACAAUGACAAGACCAAUAUGAUAUACCAAGGUAAUAAAUGCAGUUUAUGACUUCUGCAAAUUUACAUAGUACUGUAAUAUAUCAAUACCUUGUGAAUUUAAAAAAAAAAUACAUUUACAGUAGUAUUAUUGGUCACCAAAAUGGAGAGGGGAAACUUUACAAUCGUGAAAGUGUAUUGAUGUUCUUAUUAAGGCAGUAUCAAUCCAGCCAACCAUUUAGUAUCUGUCCCCUUGAAUGCUUUGCAAAUCUGGAAUGCCCAUCGUGAAAUGUGCCAGUGCACAGUGUUUCCUAAAUUCUCACACGUUCUUCAUUUUCUGAUUCAUCUGGUGAACUAGGAGUAGGAAGUUGGUCAUAGACAAUGUGUCCUCCUUCCCUUGUCUGACCAAAACUUGAAGCAAUCACAUCCACUGCCAGGCUAGCUGUAGCCUUUGCCUCUUCAUCUGAAGUGGCCAACCGAGGAUUGACUUCAACAAGAUCCAAUGCUGACAGCAACCCUGGAAGAAUAAGUAUCAAAAUCUCAGAAAAUCGCCUAGCUGGUACUUUUAGUGAGAGUUGUCCCACUUGGACAAGGAGGACAAGCCAAGGUAAAAACAGGAGCGCUUUUCACUAUAAAAUUAUCUAUUGUAAGAAAGCCCCUUGCACCUUAUUCUCUUACCCAUCAAUUCAAGUUAAAACACUAUAAGCUGAAGUACUGAAAGAAACCUUUAAGGUAAUCAAAUAAUUCAUCCCUAUUCAGCUAACAUAAUAGGCCUAGCUAUCAGGCUUUCUAAUGCUUUAUCUGUUUUUGUUAUUGUUUUGGGGGGUGCUGGGGAUCAAACUCAGGACCUUCUGCAUGCUACGCACACACUGUGCCACUGAGCUACAUCCCCAGCCCCAUUUGUAUCCCUUAAGGCACUAUACCACGUGCCCUAAAAUGUAUAUUCUUAUCCCUUCAUGCUUGAGUUCUGAGGAAAGUUCUACAUCUGAUACAUUUUUUAUAUCUCCCAGCAGACUGGCCCAGCAUCUUACACUUUUUCAUGGGAAGAUACAGUCAUAUGUUGCCUUCUGUGAGGGUUUGAGAACUUUUGCCCAAGUCCUCAGCACUGUUCUUUGGCCUGGAGGGGAAGGGAAGAACCUAUCCAGAUCUUCUUCCCUCCCCCUCUACAUAGCCAACUUCUCUAGAACUAACUCCUUAAUUGAUUAAUCUGGUUAAAGUUAAUCUACCUCUUUGAGAGUCAUCUGAAUAAACUAGUAUUCAGGAAUACAGUAUCUAAGAAUAUUUGGUGUGACUAUAAAGACUAAAAUCAUGGGUGUAUACACCUAAUGGCUUAUUGAUAUUAUGUUAUAGUACAUGAUACUUAGUGUCAUUGUAUCUGUUCAGUGUGUUGUUUUAGUAGAACAUAGCUGAUUGCAGUGUGGAAAACUGCAAUGACCAGGCAUGUUACCAUAGCAUUUCCAUCAUUUUGUCCAUAUGACCUGUGUCUCUGACGGUUUAUGUCACUGAUUUAUAUGGGCUAAACCUGCACCCUGAACCUAUCCCAAAAGUAAUAAUCAGAGAGUGUGUGCUACUAUUACCUAUGUUUCCUGACUACUGCCAUCCUGCAAAUUAAAGAAAACUGUUUGAUGUAUCUAA